AUGAGUCAACCCAGCAGCAGCAUCAGCAGCAGCACAGGUGGUGGUGGUGGUGGUGGCAGCGGUGGCCAGCCGGCUGCCGCUGGCCACAACCUCGGAGGCGGAGGUGGUGGGGUGGUGGGUUCCGACCUGCCCCCUAUCCCUCCCGGCUACGUCGAUGUAGCCGCCUAUCUCAGGGCCUUCGGGGGAAAAGUCAACGCCCUGUUGUCGUUGGCCGGAAGGCAAACCAACACCAACGCCUCGGUCCCCGUCUUUCUCGCGCAGAAUCUCCUCAGUUCUUACCUGACCUACCUCGAGGAGGUCCGCCGACGCUUCCCAAGCCAGCUCCCGGCCGCCAUCUUCACCUACAAGUAUGCGCUGCAGAGAGGUCUCGACCGCGUCAAGCAGACUCCUCCCGAGGGCCCUCUGGGCCUGCGAUACCGGUUCUAUUCCGUUGAGAACAAGAACCGGGCCCGCGCGUUACACGACUGGCUCUCGGCGACUGGAGACAGGCCCCUGCCCCCUCCUCGUCUGCCCCUGCCCCCUCUCCAGCCCCUGCCCCCUCUCCUGCCGGUCACAGCGCCAGUCUCCUCGAGCGCGCCAUCCUCGAGCGCGCCUUCGUCGAGCGCGCCAUCCUCGUCCACCAACAGGGUUGUCAAGCCCGUCAAACCAGUUCCCAAGGAUCACCCCAUUUGGGGCGAAGACGGAAUCAACCAUGGUCUCGCCUUGCGAACGGGAAACAAGCCCAUUACGGCGCUUAAUCCCGAGUACAGAUUCCAGCAGAGAUCUGCCAAAGUUCUAGGUCACAACGGCCUCCACGUGGGCCAAUGGUUCCCGAGUCAGCUGUCUGCGCUGUUCUACGGCGGCCAUGGCGAGUCCAAUGCCGGAAUCAGCUACGAAAAGAAUGUUGACGGUGAGCCGGGAAGAGCCUACUCGAUUAUACUCGCUUCCAAGUACCACACUAUUGAUGAAGAUUACGGCGACCGCAUCGUUUACUCUGGCUCCAACUCAUUGAGCAACGAUGCUCACAACACUCCUGCUGACGGUGGAAAGCCUAUCCGUGGAAACGCGGCGCUGGUCAAAUCCAUGGAGGCAAAAUCUCCCGUGAGAGUCUUUCGCAAGGCCAAAAAGAGCAACGAAAAUUCCACGUACGCGCCGAAAGACGGUCUCCGCUACGACGGCAUCUACUUCGUCACCGAGCACAAGCAGGGCAAGAACAAGCACCGUGGCGCCUUCCACAAGUUUACGUUGGUUCGAGGAGAGCCUCAGACGCCCCUCAGCGACCUGAAGAAUAUCCCCAGUCGCCAGGAGAGACGCGACUACUACAAAAUCAAGGAUGGCUACUAG